GGAGGCGGAGGACGCAAGGGCUGGAGGCGGCGGCUGCGACUCGGCGGCGCUGGGAGUCGGGAACCGCGGCUGAACUUGGGCGCGCCACGUUCCGGGCGACAGCAGGGAGAGGAUGGUGAACGCUCGCCACCGCUGACCCUGCCUUUCCUCAGCUCCUCCCCGGUUGCCGAGUCCCCGCACUGAUCUCCUCUUCUGGAAGGGUGGGUGAACCUGCAAGCUCCCUACCCACCCGAGGACUUUUUUGAAAGGAAACGAGGGAGUGGGCAUUGGGAAAGAGGGAGAAAAACGCAGGGGAGCUCGUCCAUCCGUGGAGGCACAGUUCACUAUGAUCUUACUCGCCUUCAGCACUGGAAGAAGGUUGGAUUUCGUGCAUCGUUCAGGGGUGUUUUUCUUGCAAACCUUGCUUUGGAUUUUAUGGGCUACGGUCUGCGGAACGGAGCAUUAUUUCAAUGUGGAGGUUUGGUUACAAAAAUACGGCUACCUUCCACCGACUGAUCCCAGAAUGUCCGUGCUGCGUUCUGCAGAGACCAUGCAAUCGGCCCUAGCUGCCAUGCAACAAUUCUACGGCAUUAACAUGACGGGAAAAGUGGACAGAAACACAAUUGAUUGGAUGAAGAAGCCUCGGUGCGGUGUCCCGGACCAGACAAGAGGCAGCUCCAAAUUCAACGUUCGUCGAAAGCGCUACGCACUGACUGGUCAGAAGUGGCAGCACAGGCAUAUCACUUACAGUAUAAAGAACGUAACUCCAAAAGUUGGAGACCCUGAGACCAGGAGAGCAAUUCGCCGUGCCUUUGAUGUGUGGCAGAAUGUAACUCCAUUAACAUUUGAAGAAGUUCCCUACAGUGAACUAGAAAAUGGCAAACGUGAUGUGGAUAUAACCAUCAUUUUUGCAUCUGGUUUUCAUGGAGACAGUUCCCCCUUUGAUGGGGAGGGAGGAUUUUUGGCACAUGCCUAUUUCCCGGGACCAGGAAUUGGAGGAGAUACUCAUUUUGAUUCUGAUGAGCCGUGGACACUGGGAAAUCCCAAUCACGAUGGAAAUGAUUUGUUCCUGGUAGCUGUUCACGAGCUGGGUCAUGCUCUCGGGCUGGAGCAUUCCAAUGACCCCACUGCUAUCAUGGCGCCAUUUUACCAGUACAUGGAAACGGACAACUUCAAGCUUCCUAAUGACGAUUUGCAGGGCAUCCAGAAAAUAUAUGGUCCUCCUGACAAGAUCCCUCCACCUACAAGACCUCUACCGACAGUGCCCCCUCACCGAUCUGUUCCUCCGGUUGACCCAAGGAAAAAUGACAGGCCAAAACCUCCCCGGCCUCCCACUGGCAGGCCUUCCUAUCCAGGAGCCAAACCCAACAUCUGUGACGGGAACUUCAACACUCUAGCUAUUCUUCGACGGGAGAUGUUUGUUUUUAAGGACCAGUGGUUUUGGCGAGUGAGAAACAACAGGGUGAUGGAUGGAUACCCCAUGCAAAUUACUUACUUCUGGCGGGGCUUACCCCCCAGUAUUGAUGCAGUUUAUGAAAACAGUGAUGGAAAUUUCGUCUUUUUUAAAGGUAACAAAUACUGGGUGUUCAAGGAUACAACCCUUCAACCAGGUUACCCUCAUGACUUGGUUACCCUUGGGAAUGGAAUUCCCCCUCACGGUAUUGAUUCUGCCAUUUGGUGGGAAGAUGUUGGCAAAACCUACUUCUUCAAAGGCGACAGAUAUUGGAGAUAUAGUGAAGAAAUGAAAACCAUGGACCCUGGCUAUCCUAAGCCCAUCACCAUCUGGAAGGGGAUCCCUGAAUCACCUCAGGGAGCUUUUGUGCACAAAGAAAAUGGCUUUACCUAUUUCUACAAAGGAAAGGAGUAUUGGAAAUUCAACAACCAGAUACUCAAAGUAGAACCUGGGUAUCCAAGAUCCAUCCUCAAGGAUUUUAUGGGCUGUGAUGGACCAGCAGACAGAGAUAAAGAAGGACUCAGUCCACCAGAUGAUGUAGACAUUGUCAUCAAACUGGACAACACAGCCAGCACUGUGAAAGCCAUAGCUAUUGUCAUUCCCUGCAUCUUGGCCUUAUGCCUUCUUGUAUUGGUUUACACUGUGUUCCAGUUCAAGAGGAAAGGAACACCCCGCCACAUACUGUACUGUAAACGCUCUAUGCAAGAGUGGGUGUGAUGUAGGGAUUUCUUUUUUUCUUUCUUUUCCAGGAGUUUGUGGUAACUUGAGAUUCAAGACAAGAGCUGUUAUGCUGUUUCCUAGUUAGGAGCAGGCUUGUGGCAGCCUGAUUCGGGGCUGACCUUCCAAUCCUAGAGGGUUCCUGGUCCUGCACAUGAGUGGAAAUACAUUCAUGGAGAAGCUUCCAUGAGGCACAGUAUCUGCUGUUCUUCAGUCCUCUGUCUUUCUUUGUCAUUCAGUUGUAGGCCUUUCCUCUGCACGCUCAAUGCCCAGUAAAAUUUCAGGAUUAACUGAAGAAGAGGAAAUAUAGAAGAAAAGUUUCUUCUUAAUUUUUUAAAAAUACUUUUCCUUCUGAAAUCUGAGCCCAUUUCUGGGAGAAAGAGAGAGAGAGAGAGAGAGAGAGAGAGAGAGAGAGAGAGAGAGAGAGAGAGAGAGAGAGAGAGAAAAGAG